CACGAGAAUCGAAGAAGCAGCACUGUCCCAGGAAGCGGGUACAAUAACAACGUGGUUUCAUCGCAUUUGCCGGUGUAUAUGUACGUGUUAUCAAAGCUGUUGUAAGUAUUAUGUAAAUGACAUUUAAUGCUCCGCACCCGAAAUGGUCUUUGAGCUAACACGUGUUGUUACCAUGCUUUGACAUACACAUAUUUAAAAUGCUACUUAGAUAUAACCCUCUAUCUCCUUUUACUCCACAGUACUGUUUUUUGCAAUGAAGCACACAGAGGCAAAGCAGCAGCAUCCAACCCUCUAUCUGGAAGUUUGCUGCCAACAUGAGGAGCCACGUCUCCCGCUGCACACCUCCAUAGCCUUGUUUCUGCUCUCCUACUGCGAGUGCAAGUCUUUCAAAGUGUUUCUGGUCUUCACCAAAUCUGUCAGCUCUCUGUCACUGAAGAGCCAGUUACCAGAGACUUUGGAUGUGUCUGACAUUCAGGUGGAGGAUCUACCCCAGCUGGUGAGGGGCUGCCGUCUCCCCGCUGUGUUGGACGAGACUGGGAGUCUGUGCAGGGCAGGACUGGCGGUGGUCCUGAGACACAUCAUCAACAAGACCCUAGAGGCUGACCCUUCUAGAAAUGAUGUUUUGGCACUGCUGGGGUUCAAGAAGACCUGUUUGAAAGCAUGUGCUGAGGUAAGCAAGUGGACCCGCCUGUGUGAAAUCGGCAUCCCUUCUGCUGUUGAAGAACACCUCAAAAACCCCUCAAAUCGACUCCAGCAGCCACCUCUCCCUAUCCUCACCUUAGAGCGUAGGCUAGCGGAGCCUGUCAAAGUCCACAAUGAUGACAAAAUACGCAGACAGAAACUCCAAGAGCAGAGACGGGACGAAAAAAAGAGAGAGUCCAAAGAAGGCCAAGGGGACCCAGGACAUGAGUCCGAACCAGGACAGUCACCUCAGGUCCGCGAUGGACUUGAGCUCAGGGCGGCUCUGGCUAAACUGUCUGUGGAUUCAGUUCCCACUUCGACCACCAGAGAGAACUCUGAGAUCAGGAAAGUGAAGACAACAGACCUGCCCCCGCUGGAGCAUGUGUUUGCUGAAGGACUUUACUUCACUCUAACUGAUGUGGUGCUGCUGCCAUGCAUCUAUCACUACUUGUGUUCCCUCCAAACCCAUGCCGCAAACACUCUGCGUCAGCUUCCACACCUGCUGCGCUGGUACAGCCGUGUCCAGGAGGUUCCUGGGGUCCUCCGGGCAGCCAAGGCAUGUGGUGUGACUCUGACCAUCCCCCAAGUCCCCCCAUCCAGCAUCCCAGUGCUGUCAGCAGAGGACAACCCAGCUCAUCCACUGGAGCAAGAAGAAAGCCUGGCGAUGACCUCACAGCUUCCCUUUGUCGGCGGUCCAAGGCCUACAUUGACCAAACUCAAAGAAAAUGGCAUAGAGGCAGUGUUCGCUCCUCAUCCUUGCCCUGCCUGGACCCUCCCAUGGGAGAGUUUACCCACAGCUAUCAACCCUACUGAAGGGAAAAUGUCAAACAUCCGUGCUGUCAGAAAGAGGCAACAGCUGAAUAACUUGGUCGCCAUGGUUACAGAGCUAGCCAGGCCGGGCUCCACCAUCGUGGAUUUCUGCAGUGGAACGGGACAUGUAGGAAUUGUUCUGGCUCACACACUACCAGACUGCCAGGUCGUCCUCAUCGAGAACAAAGAAGAGUCUCUGGUCAGGGCUCAGAGUCGAAGUGCUGAGCUCGGUCUGCAAAACAUCGGCUUCAUUCAGGCCAAUCUGGACUACUUCACUGGACCAUUUCAUAUCGGGGUAGCCCUUCAUGCAUGCGGCGUAGCCACAGAUAUGGUGGCGGAGCAUUGCAUCCAGGCAGGAGCCGCCUUUGUCAUCAGUCCUUGUUGCUAUGGCUUUAUCCAGAACGCAAUCAAGUUCACCUUCCCCAAGAGCAAAAGGUUCCAAGAGACGCUGUCUUAUAAGGAACACAUGAUCCUCUGUCGCUUUGCAGACCAGACUGCUGUCCAGCUCCCUCCUGACAGGAGACUCAUAGGUAAACAGUGCAUGGGCCUGGUAGACCUGGACCGCUCUUUGGCAGCAGAGGCUCAUGGGUACUCGGUGCGGGUGAUGACUAUGGAACCUGAGAGCUGUUCACCAAAGAACAACAUGCUGGUGGGAAGGCCGCCGCAGGCGAGGAGCGGACUGGACGUGGACGCGGGCCAGCUGGAAGAAGUGGCGCAUAAUUAAGACUGUGAGGAGCACAACAUCAGCGGUGUGGCUCCUGGCUUUGUCAUGACGCUGCUGAGAAAACUAUUUCAUCAUUUUUUUUAAGGCCUUUUUAAAGACAUCUCAUGUGAGAUUAAAACAGAUGUUUGGGUGAUAUUUCUGGACUGGCAAAAGUCAUCUUCUGAAAUCUUGAGCUGGAAAGUGCAGGAGUGUAGAAAGAUUCCGUGACUUAAUAAAAAACCUACUAAAUCA